CAAAACUACACAUCCCGAGGCACGCGCGGGCUUUAUUUGAAUCUAGUGUUGCCGUUAAAAGGCUUUGAGGCGAUAGUUUAUAAACAAACUUUAAUAAACAUUGGAGCAAAAUCUCAGAUGGACUCCGUGGAAGAGGAUGAAGUGUCUGCACGAAUUUUACUCAGAAAUGUCCUGCACACUGAAACACAGCGGUCUCCGGUCACCAGAAGCAUGUCUCAUGAUCAGCAACUGUCACGUGCACGGAGGAGCUCCAGGCUGAGGAACACUCCUGAGACGCCUCACCUCGCUCUUCGUCAUAAGCUCAAGCAGAAGCUCCAUGAGACCGCUGCUCAGUCUCCUCUCCCACCCAGUAAACGUGCAAGGUCUGAGGGCAAGACGCUGAGGACACCGGCAGUGCUUCCCUCUCCUGCGCUGUACGACGAUGACGUCACACCUCGCGGGCUGCUCAGGGGCAUUAUCCAGACCGAAUCUGAGGCGUCUCUGCUGCUGUCUGGUCAAACCGCUGUACCUGAAGCAGUUCAGCACAUUGAAGAGGCCAGUAUCCAUAGCAACAGACACAGUGAUGGCAUGUCAGGACUCGAACUGCCUGGUUUAGCCACAGAGCCGCUGACUCACAUGAUCCAGGGGUUGAGGCGCAGGAGGCCGCCGCCCACUUUUAACGUCUCUAUUUUCGAGAAACAGCAGGACCAGCCAUCAGGUGAAGAAGAGAUGGAGGUCUCACAGGAGAAUUCGGAUGUCACUAAGGAGCAGGAUCUCUCUGCUGGCUCCAAAAGCGUCCUCAGCCUCACCUUAAAGACUCCGUUCGUGAGCCUUCAGUCCGAGAGAGGGGGUCUGAAGCGAAAAGCGGCCGGACGACGGAAGCAGCUUUCUGUAAAUGCCUUUGACGAAGCUGUUCAGAAACGUUUAGAGAGACAGAACGACAAAGAUUAUACAGUAGUGCAGGAUGAAAGAACUCUUCAGGACUCUGCCUGGCAGAAGUUCACUCUGGGGUUAAGUAACGUCACGGUGCCAGAUCUCACCACAGACCUGAUGAUGAUCAACACGGAGCUCUACGUCCAUCCACAGGCCCCAGAGUCCGAGCCGAGAGACACCGAUGGAGGGGUUACGAAGAAUGAGACGAAGAGAGAUGACGGUGGUGUAGGAGAAGAACUUCAAGACAGCGCUCAAGAUCAGGAAAAGGUGUGUGAGAGUAACAUCUCUAAACCUCAACCAGAUCCUUCAGAACACCCGGAACCGGAUUCUCAGUGUCAGGAAGAGGAGGAUGACGUGGAUAUGAUUCCUCCAUCACAAGAGAAAGAGUCCACAUCUUUGAGUCCUGAGGAUAUCCCGUUCGUUCCGACCCAGGCCAUGGGGGAGUGCGUGUUUCAGCCUCGAGUGCAGGAGCAGGAGGAGUCUCUGAUACCGGAAGCUCAGCUGGAAGAAAUGGACAAGAGAAAAGAUGAGAGCCUUCAGGAGGAACAGCCAUCACAUCUGCCUCAGAAAAUCACGCGGCGAGUGUACCGCUCUGAAGGCAGAGCCUUAAGGCCUGGAGUGAUGGCAAGAGUCAGAGGUACGAAGAGCCUCGGGAUGGAUCAGGAUCCCACAGAGAAACAGCUGCAGAGUUUCACCACUGGAACUGUGCUGGAAAAAUUAGCUAGCGUGGCGGACGAACCUAAUCGCAGCCUUGCGUCGUCCUCCGCUGUCGACGCCACAAAGCCUUCAUCAUCUGAGACACAGCAGGACAGUUUGGUGCAGAAUGCUGACAUGGAAUUUAUCCAGGAUCUCGACCUGGUGGAGAGCGAGGAAGUUGUGGUGUCUGUUCAUGUUAGCCCCACUGUGGACUUUGAGGAGGUAGAGGAAGAGGAGGAAGAGCAGGAAGAGGAGGAGCAGCAACUGGAAGAGGAGGUGGAGGAGGAGCAGCAACUGGAAGAGGAGGUGGAGGAGGAGCAGCAACCGGAAGAGGAGAUGGAGGAGGAGCAGCAACCGGAAGAGGAGGUGGAGGUGGAGCAGCAACCGGAAGAGGAGGUGGAGGAGGAGCAGCAACCGGAAGAGGAGGUGGAGGUGGAGCAGCAACCGGAAGAGGAGGUGGAGGUGGAGCAGCAACCGGAAGAGGAGGUGGAGGAAGAGCAGCAACAGGAAGAGGAGGAGGAGCAGCAACAGGAAGAUUUUGAAGAACAAGAAGAGGAGCUGCUGCAACAUGAAGAGGAAGAUGCACGGAGUGAAGAGCUCUCGAUGCAAACCCCGAGUUUUAUUAGGCACAGGAAGCAGGUAUCUACGCCCGGUGCUCUGGCCACACCCGCCAACCUCAAAGCUUUGAAUGCUGGUCCUGCCCCAAAGGUCGUGAAGCCACGCCAAAAACGUCAGCCUCAGUCAUCCUCUGCUGCCGGCGUCCUCCCGAAGAGCUACGUCAUGAGCGUGUUUAAACACUUUGCUAAAACCAAGGUUGCAGGUGACGUCUAUCCCGUCAUCAAUGACAUUCUGAAGAGGUAUUUUGAUCGUAUGGCAGACGAUCUGGAGGCGUAUUCAGCUCACGCAAAGAGGAAAACCAUCGAGGUCGAGGAUGUUGAGCUCCUCAUGAGAAGACAGGGCUUUGUGACAGACAGCACUCCAGUCAAUGUGUUGAUCGAGAAGUUCCUCCCACUCGAAUACAGGAAGCUGCUCAUCCCUGUCGCAACCAGCGGAAAUAAAGUCGUGCCUGAUCGACUGAGAUGAACUACACAAAUCGUAUGCUCUCUCUUUCUCUUUCUCUCUCAUUCUCUCUCUCAUUGUUGUCCAUAAAUCUAAUUUACUUUCCUUUAAUGUCUAUUUCCAAUGAAUUAUUUAUUAUUUUCUUUUCCUCUUCAAAAAUGGUUAGAAGUACUAUUAACCUGCUGAGGUUGCAGAUGGACUUAUUUUGUGUUCCCUUUGUACAUUGUUUCGAGUGAAGAUUAUAAAUAAAGCUUUAAAUAUGCCGCUGUGAA